GUUUCGCUUCCGGGGCCGGCGGGGUCGCGGUGGCGGCGCGAACGAGGCGGGAGGUGGGGCCUGCUGCGGCGCAGCGGAGGAGCCGCUUCCAUGGCGCUGAGUCUGGACCGCGAGGCCUACUACCGCCGCAUCAAGCGUCUCUAUAGCAACUGGCAGAAAGGAGAAGACGAAUAUGCCACCAUCGAUGCCAUUGUGGUCUCUGUCGGCGUGGACGAAGAGACCGUCUAUGCCAAGUCCACUGCACUUCAGACGUGGCUUUUUGGCUACGAACUCACUGACACCAUCAUGGUCUUCUGCGAGGACAAGAUCCUCUUCAUGGCCAGCAAGAAGAAGGUGGAGUUUCUGAAGCAGAUUGCCAACAGCAAGAACAACGAAAGCACCAACGGGGUGCCAGCAAUCACAUUGCUUGUGCGGGAAAAGAAUGAAAGCAACAAGGCAAACUUCGACAAGAUGGUCGAAGCGUUGAAGGGCAGCAAGAACGGCAAGCGUAUCGGCAUCUUCGUCAAGGACAAGUUCCCGGGAGAAUUCAUGAACAGCUGGAACGGCUGCCUCAACAAGGAAGGCUUUGAGAAGGUGGACAUCAGUGCCGUGGUGGCCUACACCAUUGCCGUGAAGGAGGACGGGGAACUCGCCCUGAUGCGCAAAGCGGCAGCCAUCACCGCAGAAGUCUUCACCAAGUUCUUGAAGGAGCGGGUCAUGGAGAUCGUCGAUGUUGACGAGAAAGUACGGCACAGUAAGCUGGCAGAGUCGGUUGAGAAGGCCAUCGAGGAGAAGAAAUACCUCUCCGGGGCCGACCCCUCCACCGUGGAGAUGUGCUACCCUCCCAUCAUUCAGAGCGGAGGCCAUUACAAUCUCAAAUUCAGUGUUGUCAGUGAGAAGAGCUACAUGCACUUUGGCGUGAUCACUUGCGCCAUGGGGAUCCGCUACAAAUCCUACUGCUCCAACCUGGUGCGCACGCUCAUGGUCGACCCUCCCCAGGAGAUGCAAGAGAACUACGCUUUCCUACUGCAGCUUCAGGAAGAGAUGCUCAAAGAACUGCGGCAUGGCGUGAAGCUGUGCGAAGUCUAUGCUGCUGUCAUGGAUAUGGUGAAGAAGCAGAAGCCAGAGCUCUUGAGCAAAAUCACCAAGAACUUAGGGUUUGCCAUGGGCAUUGAGUUCCGAGAAGGUUCCCUCGUGAUCAACAGCAAGAACCAGUAUCGGCUCAAGAAAGGGAUGGUUUUCAGCCUCAACGUGGGGUUAUCGGAUCUUACCAACAAAGAGGGGAAGAAACCAGAGGAGAAGACUUACGCACUGUUUAUUGGGGAUACAGUGAUGGUGGAAGAGGACGGGGCAGCUACUCUCCUGACAGCCGUCAAGAAGAAGGUCAAGAAUGUCUCCAUUCUGCUCAAGAAGGAUGAUGAAGAUGAAGAGGAGGAAGAAAAGAACGAGGCCGUGGACAUGCUUGGGCGUAGCUCUCGGACGGCUCUGCUGACAGAAAGGACUCGGAACGAGAUGACAGCCGAGGAGAAGCGACGGGCGCACCAGAAGGAGUUAGCCGCGCAGCUCAACGAAGAAGCCCGGCGGCGACUGACAGAGCAAAAGGGCGAGCAGCAGAUCCAGAAGGCUCGUAAGUCAAACGUCUCCUACAAGAACCCGUCCCUGAUGCCAAAGGAGCUGCACAUCCGGGAGAUGAAGAUUUACAUCGACAAGAAGUACGAGACCGUCAUCAUGCCCGUCUUUGGCAUCGCCACGCCUUUCCACAUUGCCACGAUCAAGAACAUCAGUAUGUCUGUGGAAGGCGAUUACACCUACCUGAGAAUCAACUUCUAUUGUCCGGGCAGCGCCCUGGGUCGUAAUGAGGGCAACAUUUUCCCCAACCCCGAAGCCACCUUUGUGAAAGAAAUAACAUAUCGGGCUUCAAAUAUAAAAACGCCAGGGGAGCAGACCGUCCCGGCUCUCAACCUCCAGAACGCCUUCCGCAUCAUCAAGGAGGUGCAGAAGCGCUACAAAACCCGCGAGGCCGAGGAGAAAGAGAAGGAGGGGAUCGUCAAACAAGACUCUUUGGUGAUCAACCUGAACCGCAGCAAUCCCAAGCUGAAGGACCUUUACAUCCGCCCCAACAUUGCCCAGAAAAGGAUGCAGGGGUCCCUGGAGGCCCACGUCAACGGUUUCCGUUUCACCUCUGUGCGGGGAGACAAGGUAGACAUCCUGUACAACAACAUCAAACAUGCCGUGUUCCAACCCUGUGAUGGAGAGAUGAUCAUUGUUCUCCACUUUCACCUUAAGAACGCCAUCAUGUUUGGCAAGAAGCGCCAUACGGACGUGCAGUUCUACACCGAAGUGGGCGAGAUCACCACAGACCUGGGCAAGCAUCAGCACAUGCACGACCGGGAUGACCUCUAUGCCGAGCAGAUGGAGCGCGAAAUGAGACACAAGCUGAAGACGGCGUUCAAGAACUUCAUUGAGAAAGUGGAGUCCCUGACCAAGGAAGAACUGGAAUUUGAGGUGCCCUUCCGAGACCUGGGGUUCAACGGCGCCCCCUACAGAAGCACCUGCCUGCUCCAGCCGACCAGCAGCGCCUUGGUGAAUUGCACUGAGUGGCCCCCAUUCGUGGUGACGUUGGAUGAGGUGGAGCUGAUUCACUUCGAGCGGGUGCAGUUCCACCUGAAGAACUUCGACAUGGUCAUCGUCUACAAAGACUACAGCAAGAAGGUCACCAUGAUCAAUGCCAUCCCCGUGGCUUCGCUUGACCCCAUCAAAGAGUGGCUGAACUCUUGUGACAUUAAAUACACAGAAGGGGUGCAGUCUCUCAACUGGACCAAAAUCAUGAAAACCAUCGUGGAUGACCCGGAAGGCUUCUUUGAGCAAGGCGGCUGGUCGUUCCUUGAGCCCGAGGGAGAGGGAAGCGACGGCGAAGCCGGGGAGUCCGAAUCCGAGAUCGAGGACGAGACGUUUAACCCCUCUGAGGACGAAUAUGAGGAGGAGGAGGAGGACAGCGAUGAGGACUACUCUUCCGAGGCUGAGGAGUCAGAUGGCUCCAAGGAGUCCCUGGGCAGCGAGGAGGAGAGCGGGAAGGACUGGGAUGAACUCGAGGAGGAAGCGCGGAAAGCCGACCGGGAGAGCCGGUAUGAGGAGGAGGAGGAGCGGACCCGCACCGUCAGCCGCAAGAGGAAGGUCCCCUCGUCAUCCCAGAGCUCCGGCCACCACCGCAGUUCCCACAGCCGCAGCCCUGCCCGGAGCUCGGGCCCCCCCAAGAAGAAGAGGAAGUAGAUCGUGAACUCUAGCCUUUGUGUC